UGCGGGGGCAGCGCGGCGGGACGCCGGGCUUUCGACAGCAUCUGCCCCAACAGGAUGCUCGCGCUGCCAGGCAGGCUCCCGGGCGAGGAGCGCAAUCCGGAGAGGAAGUUCGCGCCUUCGCGGAAGUUCUUUUCUGGAUGCAGCAGCGGCGGAGGCAGCGGCUGCACGGUGGCUCCAGCGGCCAGCUCGGCGGAGAGGCUGAGGGUCCUUUCGGCGCGUAUCUUCCGGUCUCCCCGUGCAGCCCUCACCACCAUAGACCUGCAGGACCUCGCCGAUUGCUCCUCGCUCCUCGGGUCCGUCGCGCCGCCUAUUGGUGACCCGGCCGCCUCGCAGGACCAUUCCUUGCAAACAGAAGGCUUUGAUCUGCAGAAUUUCAGAGACACAGUGGAUGAUCUCAUUGCAGACUCAUCCUCUUUGAUAUCACCUCCCCUGGUGGACAGUGACUUCCCCUUCUCUCCUUGCAUCGAUGUAUCUGUAUCGAAUUUUGGACCUGGCCUCUCCCCGUCGCUAGACCUGAAAGCCCUGCAGUCACCGCCACUGUGCCCUCCGGAGGAGCCACCUCCACUGCUGGAGCAGUACUGGAAGGAGGUGGCCAACCAGAAUCAGAGGGCGUUGGGGGAUGCUCUCGUGGAGAAUAACCAACUGCACGUGACGCUAACCCAGAAACAGGAGGAGAUCGCUUCGCUGAAGGAGCGAAACGUGCAGCUCAAAGAACUCGCCAGUCGGACCCGGCACCUGGCCGCGGUGCUGGAUAAGCUGAUGAUCACACAAUCCCGAGAUUUCGGGACCGAGGCCGAGACCUUCCUGCUCAAGGCGACAGCCAAAAGGAGCCUAGAGGAGCUGGUCAGUGCGGCAGGCCAGGAUUGCGCGGAAGUGGACGCCAUCCUGAGGGAGAUUUCCCAGCGCUGCGAUGAAGCCCUGCAGAACCGAGAUCCCAAGCGACCGCGGGUGCAGCUGGAGCCCGCGAGCAUUGACGGCAGGCCCGGUAACCUGCACGGAGCCUUCCGGGGACUGCGCACCAACUGCAUCUCGAGUCCGUUGAACCUGAGCCAAAGUGAGCUGGAGGAGGGAGGCUCCUUCAGCACCCCUAUCCGCAGCCAUAGCACCAUCCGAACACUUGCCUUCCCCCAGGGCAAUGCUUUCACCAUCCGGACAGCCAGUGGAGGUUACAAAUUCCGCUGGGUCCCCAGUUGA